UUAUUAUUGCGAAUAUAAUAAUUAUAAAAAUGUUGUCUCCUAUUGCCAACUACACUCCUGAAGAACUCAAGGAGUAUUAUGAUAUUGGUGCUGUCGAUCAAGGAAAUACCACUGAGAGAAGACCUUAUUAUAGGAAGACUGGCUUCGAAUACGGCCCAACCUGGGCCCAGAAGAAGGAAUUCGUCCAUAGACUAAUGACUCAUAGUAAUAUUAACCUUGAUGGUAAAAGAAGGUUGAAGGAAAAUUAUGGUAUUAUCCAACAUUAUCAACUCAGAGGAGCUAAGUAUGGAGCUAUCACUUCUGCAGCUGUUUUCUUCUUCCUACCUGUAGUUAAUAGGCAACUUUUCCUCAGAAGAUUUGCUAUUUCCAUGAUCCCAAUGUUCGUUUUCUUAAGGUGGGGAUAUAUCUGGGGACACCAACACUGGUGGAGAAAGUCAUACCCAGUUAUCACGACUUAUGAAGUUGUUGCAGGAUUGAGAAACCAGUUCACUGGAAAAUAA